AUGCCACUCUCCCUCCGCACCGUCCACUCCGACACCGAUUUCAACGCCCUAAUCCAACUCGAACACCUCUCCUACACCAACCCCCCGAAUCGCAUCUGGCGCCUCUUCCGGCACGACGCCAGCCCCGCUGGUUUCAUCGAAGUACGCGAUCGGCAGAUGCGCGAAUUCCGCAACGAUCCCACCGCGCGCUGGCUUAAGGUCGUGGACACCGAUAUCGGCGACCAAGUCGUGGGCGCCGCCUUGUGGAAUACUUAUACCGAGAACCCGUAUCCGGUGUAUGAGGAGCAUCCGGUGGAGGCGGAUUGGUGGCCGGAGGACUUGCCGUUCCUCUUCGUCCAUCCCGAGCACCGCCGCCGUGGCAUUGGUCGCCAGCUGGUCGAUUGGGGGGUCAAGGAAGCAGACCGCCUGAAUCUGGAAGCUUUCAUCGAAGCAACUGAUCUGGGCAAGGUCACCUAUGAAGCCUGCGGCUUUGUCUACGCGGGAACAAAUUAUCUGGAGAGUGCGAAGCGGAAUUCAAGUCAGAAGUGGAGAGAGCUGGAGGCAUUCAUGGAUUUUUUGUUUGUGUAG